AUGGCCGACACCAAAGCAAAGUACCGCACGGAGAUUCAGCAGAUGAUGUUUGUCUCCGGCGAAACGGGAGACAUCUCCCAGGAAACAACAUCCAUGAUUGAAUCCAUCGUGCAACAACAGGUCAUGGAGAUGCUGAAGCGCGCUACUGAGCUAGCCGGCCGUCGAGGUGUUCGUACAAUCUCCACGGACGACCUCAUCUUUCUGAUCCGUCACGACAAAGCCAAAGUCUCUCGUCUCCGCACCUUUCUGAGUUGGAAAGAUGUCCGAAAAAGCGCCAAAGAAAGUGACGACAAGGGCGGCGAUGCCGGUGGCGCAGGCGCAGACGACUUUGAUCUCGCAGCUACUGCCAAUGACCCCGUGGGAGGACCCAGUGUUGCCACUCGAACAAACAAGAAUAAAAAGGCCAAAGUCGGCUUGCCUUGGGACGUCAGUAGUUUCUACUCGGAACCUGUACCGGAAAGGGAAGACGAAGAAGAUGAAGAGGAAGAGGAAAUGAACGCUGCCACUUUGAUGCGAUUGAAGCAAGCCGACGAGCGAACCAAAGGCAUGAACGCCGAAGAAUAUCUCCAUUUCUCCGAAUGUCGCCAAGCGUCCCCUGCUGCUGCUGCUGCGACGGGUGUCGAACGAGCACAUUAUCAUGAAAGCACGCAUGAUGACCACAAAAACACCAGGCUCUUUCACUUUGCUGAUCGCCUCCCACAAUCGUUUCUCUCAACCAGAAGUGCCUACAGCCACACGUCGGCGCAUGCACUCCGCCAUUCAGAUCUUUGA